AUGAUUGAUGUCUCCCAUCAGCUCAUUGUGAAGGAAUCAGCGUCGAUUGUUGUACAUGACCAUUCCUUGAUACAGACGGAGAUCACGAGCAAUACGAUGUGGACAUGGACGUGUGAAUACCUCACGUAUAGCACGGACCCAGCACGAGUGUGGCAUCUCAAACAUAGAAUCGUCACGUCCAAGCAAGCAGUACUUAACGCCAUUGCGUACCUGUUGAAGGAUACCCCAAACGCUUGUGUAAUGCUCGCACUGCCCGCGAAAAUCUUUGAACACGACAUUCUGCUGAAGGAAGAUGGCCCACGGAGAGAGAUUUCGUCCAACGUGCGAUCCGCAAGCGAUGGUGUUGUUUAG